AUGCGAUCUCUGGUCUCAUCGGUUGCUGCUCUGCAACUCGCACUCCAGCAUGUAUCUGCAACAGUAGGCGUCCUCGAUAUCGACAACCUACUGCAACCAGAUCUGCAACAAAGCUUACACAAGCCCAGCGAAGAUCAUUCUUAUGCGCCAUGGUCUCACAAACCGUACUGCAUGACUAGCAGCUAUCUCCCCACCCUCGGCCAAAAGUACUGCGUCUACACAUCCAACACGACGGGCCCACACGGCCUCUCCCUGAUCUUUCCUCCAAAAUCCGCCCAUCUAGCGUCGGAAUAUCUCGAUGACAACCCGCUCGAUAAUUUCCUCACACAAAAGGAUGCUGAGCGCCUCUACUUCGGCGGUCAGCCAUGGAAAAUCGUCGAUAUACCCGGAAAGGCGAAAGGUGUAGUAGCUACGCGGAGGAUCAAGAUGUACGAGACGUUCAUGGUUGAUCAGGCCGCUGUAGUUGUGGAUAUGGGGGCGGAGAAAGCGUUGAGUGAGGCUGAGAAUAAGAAGCUGAUGAAGAAGGCUGUGGAUCAACUGCUCGUGCCGGCGAUGAUUAGGGAUAUGAGUUCUGCGCAUGCGGGGAAGAACCAUGAUGCUGAGAAUGAUGGAGGUGAAGAAGAGGAAGGAAGCUUAGAAGAAGCCAUCAUGAAGACGAAUGCGUAUGGUAGUACGGUUGCAGAGGUUGGCUCGAGGGCGUUGUAUCCGCUGAUCUCGGUAGGUCGCGACGCAGUCUCAACAGCAACAUGA